GCACGAGAUUUAAACAGUGAAUUAAUUAAUAAUAAUACCCCACGGGACAGACGAUAUGGAGGAACUGGUUAUGAGCAAAGAUACGAACGUUUACAGCGAGUUUCAAAAUCCUACGAACACACCGCUCCACUUUGCUGUCAUGAAUUGCGAGAUAGAAACUGUAAAAAGGAUCAUUAAAAGAGGAGUUGACGUGGAUGCUCAAAACGAAAAUGGUCAAACGGCACUGCACCUAGCCAUUCGGGAGGGACACAAAGAUAUCGUACAAAUCCUCGUAAAUCAGGGUGCCGAUGUCAAUUUGAAAACUCGGUGGGACGAGACACCACUUCAGUCUGCGGCGCGAAAAGGACUAGAAGAGACUUGCAGGUUGCUACUCGAAAGAGGAGCUGACGUGGAUGCCCAAAACAAAUAUGGUGAAACGGCACUGCGCCUAGUUAUUCAGUACAAACACAAAGACAUCGUACAAAUCCUUGUAGAACAUGGUGCCGAUAUCAGAUUGAAAAUUCGGAGGGGCGAGACACCUCUUCAUUUCGCUGCGCGAGUAGGACUAGAAGAGACUUGCAGGUUGCUACUCGAAAGAGGAGUUGACGUGGAUGCCCAAAACGAAUAUGGUCAAGCGGCACUGCACCUAGCCAUUCGGGAGGGACACACAGAUGUCGUACAAAUCCUCGUAGAUCAGGGUGCAGAUGUCAAUUUGAAAACUAAGGAAGGCCGGACACCGCUCCAUUUUGCAGUGCUAGGAGGACUAGAAGAAAUUUGCAAGUUGUUAAUCGAGAGAGGAGCUGACGUGAAUGCCAGAAACGUAGAUGGAAACACGCCACUGCACGUAGCCAUUCUGAGCACACUCCAAGAUAUCUUUCGAUUCUACGUAAAUCAGGGUGCCGAUGUCAAUUUGAAAACUUGGCGGGACGAGACACCGCUUCAGUCUGCAAUGCGACGAGAACGGGAAGAAAUUUGCAAGUUGCUAAUCGAGAGAGGAUCUGACGUGAAUGCCAAAAACAAUGGUGGAAAAACGGCACUGCAUCUAGCCAUUGAGGAAAGACACGUAGAUGUCGUACAAAUCCUCGUAGAUCAGGGUGCCGAUGUCAAUUUGAAAACUCGGCUGGACGAGACACCGCUCCAUUUUGCAGUGCGACGACGACGGAAAGAAAUUUGCAAGUUUCUAAUCGAGAGAGGAGCUGACCUGAAUGCCAGAAAUGUAUAUGGAGAAACGGCACUGCACCUAGCCAUUCGGGGGGGACACAAAGUUAUCUUUCAAAUCGUCGUAAAUCAGGGUGCCGAUGUCAAUUUGAAAACUCGGCGGGACGAGACACCGCUUCAGUCUGCAAUGCGACGAGGACUAGAAGAAGUUUGCAAGUUGCUAAUCGAGAGAGGAGCUGACGUGAAUGCCAAAAACAAUAGUGGAGAAACUGCACUGCACCUAGCCAUUGAGGAGGAACUCAUAGAUAUCGUGCAAAUCCUCGUAGAACAUGGUGCCGAUGUCAAAUUGAAAAUUUGGUGGGGCGAGACACCUCUUCAUUUCGCUGCGCGAGUAGGACUAGAAGAGACUUGCAGGUUGCUACUCGAAAGAGGAGCUGACGUGGAUGCCCAAAACGAAAAUGGUCAAACGGCACUGCACCUAGCCAUUCGGGAGGGACACAAAGAUAUCGUACAAAUCCUC